AUGGCAUCAACCACCAUCACAGCCAAUCAGCAGCAGCAGCAGCAACAGGUGCUGGCUGAUGCCCCCACAGAGGGCCUUGAACCAGCAGAUGUCACCCCCACCCCCUCCUGCACCAAUCACCACUGCUCUGGUGGGAUGAACAGACGGGCGCUGCCAUCCGCUGCUCAUAUUCCCCUCUCUUUCUCGCCCUCCCUGACGGCCAUCACAACAACAACAACAGCAGCAGCAGCCAACACACCCUCCACCGCCGAUGCAGCAGAGAUGUGCAGGAGGAGGUGGACGUGA